AUGGACCCCAUAAUGAAUCAGAUUUGGCCGAGAGUCUUCCAGCGCCUCCACAGAACCUCAGUACUUCCCAGGAGAAGCCAUUCAGGGUGCGCUGAACAUGCCACUGUUCCUGCCUCCACAAACUCCAGACAUAUGAAGCCCGCACUUCUGGUGUCCCGCCUCUACCAGCCUUCAAAUCUGCAUGAUGUGGGGCAGGACAGCCGGAUGCAAGGAGAGAUGACUUGUAAGAGCCAAAGGCUCAUGCAGCAGGCCGGGCUUAUCCAUCCAUCCAAUCCCGGUUGUUACUAUUACCUUCCAGCCACUGUCCGCUCCAUGGAGAAGCUGGGGAGACUAAUUGACCAAGAGAUGCAGGGGAUCGGUGGGCAGAAGCUGGAUAUGCCCAGUUUGUGCUCAGCUGAUCUCUGGAAAGCCAGUGAGCGCUGGGACUUGAUGGGAAAGGAGCUGCUCCGUCUGAAAGACCGCCAUGGUGCCGACUACUGCUUGGCCCCCACACAUGAGGAGGCAGUGACGACUCUUGUCGCUCACCAGACAACACUCUCCUAUAGACAGCUCCCUCUGCUUCUAUAUCAGAUCACUCGCAAAUUCAGAGACGAACCAAAGCCUAAGUUUGGUCUGCUUCGAGGGAGGGAGUUCUACAUGAAGGACAUGUACUCGUUUGAUGUAAGUGAAGAAGCAGCUUAUCAGACCUAUGAAUCUGUGUGCCAGGCAUACACCAGGCUCUUCGCCCGGCUGGGUCUGCGUUGCGUACAGGUGCAGGCAGACACGGGCAACAUCGGCGGUAAACUCUCCCACGAGUUCCAGCUGCCAGCAGAUGUUGGUGAGGACAGACUUCUGGUCUGUGGGAACUGCUCCUUCUCUGCUAACGUAGAGACCAUGUCAUCAGACAGAACUGACUGCCCACAGUGCAAAACUGGCACACUGGUAGAGUCAAAGGGCAUAGAGGUCGGACACACCUUUUACCUGGGUAAAAAGUACUCUCAUAUAUUCAAUGCCACCUUCAGCAAUGCCCAGAAUAAGCCUAGUAUUGCAGAGAUGGGCUGCUAUGGUCUUGGGGUAACCCGUAUUCUCGCUGCAGCCAUUGAGGUGAUGUCAACAGAAGAGGGGAUCCGUUGGCCAGGUCUUCUUGCCCCUUACCAGGUAUGUGUUUUACCCCCAAAGAAGGGCAGUAAGGUGGACGAGGCAGCAACCUUAGCUGAGGAACUGGUUCACACCUUGGGAGAGACCUUUCCUCGAUUGAAAGGUGAAGUUGUUUUUGAUGACCGUACACAGAUGACCAUUGGAAAGAGGCUGAAGGAUGCGAGCAGACUGGGCUACCCAUAUGUUAUUGUAGUAGGACAGGGAGCGCUAGAGGAAAUACCCAGGUUUGAGGUGAUCUGCCAGCAGACAGGCAAGACGAUGUUUCUCAGUAAAGAUGGACUUUUGGGUCUUCUGAGACAAGUGGAAACUAUAUGAAUAACAAAGCUGUGUAUGGAAAUAAAUGUUUUAUUUUGUAAAAAGCUAAAUAUGUAUGAUGUAUUAGAGAGGUGGUGGUGAAAAAGCCUUGUAAGUUGUUAGAUGUCAUAAUGACUGGACAUUUUUUGUUUUGUUUUACAAAGUUAUAAAACCUAUCACUUACAUACUUGGUGACAUUGCUGAUUGGCAUAAACCUAAUGUCUCAACAAAAGCUUUGAUAAUUGACCUUAUGGUAUUAAAUUGCAUUUGGUUUCCAUGAUGUAAUACACAAGAAUGUCACAAUGUCAUUUUUUCAGCCUUUUAUGUUCCCAUGUAAAUAAAAACAUGAACUUACAGAAGUCAACCAAAACGAU